AUGAAUACAGUGACGGAAUUCAUUGGGGAUAAUGCGGAAGUAAGCAAGACUCAUGAGCUGGCAACGACCAUCAAGGGCAAAAGAAGAUCUAGGAAAAGGAAAAGAAACUCGGAUUUGGAUUUGGAACAUAUAGAUACAGACGAGCAAGGUUUAUCUCACCAAGUAUACGAAGAGAAUGACGUCAAAGGUAAGAAACAUAGAAAGCGAGAGAUUGCAAAAGAUUCGUCUUUGGAAAAUGUGACAAAGCUAGACGAUGUACCUGUUCAAGUUAACAAAUUCGAAUGGGACGUCAAGAUCUUUCAUGGAGCCGGAAUAUACGCAUCAGAUUCAUUUAGGAUAUUCUCGGAUCUUUUACCUGGAGGUGGAGCACCAAGGGAUGAAUCCAAGUGGUUACAUAAGCGGACUAGGGCUAUGGAAAGAGCGUCAGUCCAGGUGCGGGAUGAUUCAGUAGAGAUGGAUUGGAGGGAUUGUUUGAGUGAGGAUGAAAAUGUUUUUGAUCAGAGAAUCGAGGGAAAAGGAAAGGGAAUUGGGAGAGAAGAUGUUUUGGAAGGGUUGUCAAUUGAGGAGAGGGAAGAAUGGAGAUUGGUAAGACCGUUUGAUAAAGAAUUAAGAAGAUAUCUUAUAUGGCGUUGGGGAUUAGAAGGAAUAGAAUAUGAUAUACUUCUUGGACCAAGUAUAAUCAGUGAGAGAGAUAAAUCUAGAUUAAGAUAUUUAUUAUGA